CAUUACCCAUUAAUUAAGUGCAUACCUGUUUAGAAUUCCACAUCGCAUAGUUAGUUAGUAGUCAAAGCUUAGAACCUGUUGGAAGAGAACCAACUUCCGUGAGUGUAGCUGCUCGGCUAUCAGAUUGUAAGAGAGGAGACAGAGAAACCCCCACUGAUAACACACACAGUCGUGAUAAUUGGAGCACUGGCGCAGUCGCAGGUUGGUGGAUACCAACAGACCACCUUCACAGUCGAUCCCCGCUGCCCGUACUCCUCAUUCUCCGCACAGGGAGCGACAGUGGGGGAAUUAGUAAUCGCGCCUUAUCUCCUGAGCAAAAAGAAUAUGGGAAAAAUAUUGUGUAGCUGUCAGUGCUAAGAGAAACAUUGGACCCAGCGGACCGGAUAGCGCUGCUUUCGAUCGCGGGUGACACAUAGGGACGUACAUUGAGAAAAAUGGGUUGGUGGAGCAAGAAGAGGGAAGACCAGGAAACGGACCGCUCCAGCGGAUCCACUGCCAGUCGGGCUUUGGUGCUGCAGGAUCCGCGCACGCGUGUGAAGACCACCAGCGCCGCCACAGCGACGACCAACACGGCGGUGCAGAACUCGACGAUAACGGACAGCAACAAGCAGACUAUCACCUUCAUGUCCACCCGUCGGACGGUGACGCAUACGCAGAGAGCGCGUAUAACGGAAACCACAACGCGUCGCACACCGAGCCAGGCCGAGCUGGAGCUGCUCUUCGCGCAGAUGAGAAUGGGAGGCGAUGGCGCCACGACGACCACCACCACGACAACUACAACGCGCGGCCGACCGCCCAGUCUGAACGGCGUGGCCCUGCGCUCCACACCAUCCUUCAAGGCCACGACAAACAACAAACGCUCCAGCACUGUGCUCAAGACGGAGCAGACUACGGUGACGAAGAAGAACGGACGCAACGUCACCCAGCACCUGGAGACGCAGCGUGUGGAUCUCAAGGCCAAGGGAAAGCCCUCUUGGCCGCCAUCAUUUUUUAAUUCGAAAAACUCCGGGGCCACAUCCGAGCCCUAUGUCUCGCCCUACGCCCAGAAGCCAAGUCUAGCCAUUACUUAUGUGUCGCCUUAUGCCAAGUCAACCACAACCCCAAGCUCCAGUGCCAGCACAGUGGCUAGUGCGCCAAGUGUUUUCAUGGCUUCCAAGCCGACUACCAGGCCGCUUCUCUCCACACCUGGGCCCAGACCCUUUACUAGCAUUACCGCCUCUACUGGAGCCACACCCAAGAAAACCGUAACCACUCACGAUGCCCAGGGGGUAGUAAAGCCCACUUUGUUUGCCGGCGUAAGCACAACCAAGCCAAUUGGGACCAAGACCAAGCUGAAGGCCGCCCGAGUCUACAUAUUCAAUAACGAAAAGUUCGACAGCAAGAACGAGUUCCGUUCUGGCAGUGCCCAGGACGUCAAGGUUCUGCGCACCACCUUCGAGCAGCUCAAGUGCAAGGUGGAGGUCAUCAAAGACGCCACACUGGCCACCGUCAAGAGUACGGUGAGGAUGUUGGAGACAAAAGACUUCGAGGAUAAGAGUGCCCUAGUCCUGGUGUUCCUAAGCCAUGGAACGCGCCACGACAGGCUUGCUGCUAGGGAUCUUGAUUACUCGCUGGACGACGAUGUCCUCUUCCCCAUAUUGCGCAACCGGACGCUGAAGGACAAACCCAAAAUGUUGUUUGUCCAGGCUUGCAAGGGCGCUAAUGAACUCGGAGGCUUCAUGACAGAUAGCGCCCAGCCAAACGGAUCUCCCAACGAGAUUCUAAAAUGCUACAGCACCUACGAGGGCUAUGUCUCCUAUCGCACUGAGGAUGGCACUCCCUUCAUCCAGACCCUCUGCGAGGCUCUGAACAGAUCGGGCAAGACAACCGAUAUUGACGGUAUAAUGAUGAGUGUCCGAAGCGUGGUCAAAAUGCAAACAAAAGACGGCCAGAUCCCAUCCGUCACCAGUACCUUGACCUCGAAAUAUGUUUUCGGAGAUUACGUCUAAACUGCUAUAGUAUUAUUAUUAGAUCGAUCUAGCCCUAUAUCCCAAUGUAUUUAUGUAUUUUAUAAACUGUAUUGCCCUUACUGUGGGCAGUAACAUUUAAACCCGUAAGUUUCCAACGCAGCGAAGGUGUCGGCACAGCCAUUACCGUCUGUCGGUUUUAAGGACUCCCAGAAAAACUUUGUUUUUAAAAAAAUAAUAAAAAAAAACUUUAAAAAAUCUAUAACUCUGAUGUGAGGGUAUCAAAAUCCUCGAUCUCCAAGUCGAGACCGGCCUUAGGGCGGUGCGCUGCGAACAAGGCGGACCCAAUGUUUGGGCUCCUCUCAGAAUUUUGUUAACUUUGCCAGUAACCGUUUCCAAGCUUAUCUACUAUGUCGCAAGAAAGAUAAAACUCUAUGAAUAAUAUUUCAAAAACUUAA